CUCGCGAGGAAGGACGCCAUUAUCGCAGCCGCCCGACAAACACCACGAGAAUUCGGCACCGCACACGGGUUGCAUGUCUCGUAAAACUGCUUCUUUGGGGGCCUGCAGUGGUGUUUGACUGGACAUUGCAGCCUGGUUCUGAAUGAUGUCAGAACAGGAUUUGGCAGAUGUUGUUCAGAUUGCCGUUGAUGACUUGACUCCAGACAACCCACCCUUUCAGUCAUUCCUGUGUUCCAUUAAUCAGACAAUAUGCCUGCGACUGGAUAGCAUUGAGGCAAAGUUGCUGGCUCUAGAGGCUACCUGUAAAUCACUGGAAGAGAAGCUGGAUCUUGUGAUGAACAAACAGCACAGCCCCAUCCAGGUCCCCAUGGUGGCAGGUUCUCCUCUUGGCGCUACACAGACCUGCAAUAAAGUACGAUGUGUUGUUCCCCAGACCACGGUAAUACUGAACAACGACCGGCAGAAUUCAAUUGUAGCCAAGAUGGUUGGGCAGGAGGAGCCCCUGAGCAGAGCAGCGGAUUCUCUGGAAAACAUCCUCAGCAAUGCUGUUCCUGGACGUAGGCAGAACACCAUAGUGGUGAAGGUUCCAGGGCAUGACGACAGUCACAACGAAGAUGGAGAGAGUGGCUCUGAGGCCAGUGACUCAGUUUCCAACAGUGGACAAUUAGGAAGCCAAAGCAUUGGGAACAAUGUCACCCUUAUUACGCUGAACUCUGAAGAGGAUUACCCCAACGGGACGUGGCUUGGAGAUGAAAAUAACCCUGAGAUGCGGGUCCGUUGCCCCAUCACCCCUGCUGACAUGCUGCACAUCAGCACCAACUGCCGCACGGCCGAGAAGAUGGCACUGACACUGCUCGAUUAUCUCUUCCAUCGGGAAAUUCAGGCCAUUUCCAACCUUUCAGGCCAGGGGAAGCAUGGGAAGAAGCAGCUCGAUCCUCUCAUGAUAUAUGGAAUCCGCUGUCAUCUCUUUUAUAAAUUUGGGAUCUCAGAGUCUGACUGGUAUCGAAUCAAGCAGAGCAUAGACUCCAAGUGCCGAACAGCCUGGAGGCGGAAGCAGCGGGGGCAGAGUCUUGCUGUGAAAAGCUUCUCAAGGAGAACCCCUUCAUCGUCAUCUUACAGUGGUUCAGAGGGUCCUCAGAGCUCAGUGUCGGCCUCAAAUGAGAUCCAGCAGAACCAACCACAGGCACUACACUACGCACUGGCCAACGCCCAGCAGGUUCAGAUCCACCAAAUAGGAGAAGAUGGACAAGUCCAAGUAAUCCCGCAGGGCCAUCUCCACAUAGCCCAGGUUCCUCAAGGCGAGCAAGUCCAAAUCACGCAGGACAGCGAGGGAAACCUGCAGAUACAUCAAGUGCACGUUGGGCAGGAUGGGCAGGUGUUGCAAGGCGCUCAGCUGAUAGCUGUUGCAUCUGCCGAGCCUGCAUCGGGAGGAGUUGAUGGAUCCCCACUGCAAGGCAGCGAUAUCCAAGUCCAGUAUGUGCAGCUCACGCCAGUGACAGACCACUCUGCAACCAGUCAAGGCACUGACACCCUCCAGUCAGCAAUCCAACCAGAAAUGCAGAUAGAACACGGAGCGAUCCAAAUCCAAUAAGGAAGUGGUGCAAAAGCUGCGUGAGCUGAGAUGUCAGUGGGCCACGGUGGGAAAUGAAGCCCUGCAGUCGUCGUGCAGCCCCAGGAAGGUGGACUCAUAGGCUGACAGUCGCUCCUCUGCACACAGCAGGUUUCUGACCAUCCGUUUGUGUUCACCCAGAACAAACCAGAGCCAUUUGCUGCAAUUGGAGCUGCAUUGCUGCGUCUGUUGAGAGUAUUCCCCUCAGAAAAAAACAAACACUUGGCCUGCCCUUAGGUAUAUUUAAGGAGGAAAAAGUCCUUUUGGAAAGAAAUCCAAUUAGUCGAAGCAGUGAGACUUAAAUUCAUGUUUCAUCCUGUCGUUUCUUCUGUGAAAUACACCAUUUGAAUGUCUGCAAAAUGUCUUAGGAGGUGUAUUGCUGCUUUGCAAUACUUGCUUUACCACGUCUCGAAGAUCAGGAGCUCAGAUAUUUUUCACCGUUCAGACAGCUUUUUUAUUUGCAAUGGUGUUUAUAACAAAAAUGGAAAAUAUAUAUUAAAAAAAAAGAAAGAAAAAUCCC